AUCAAGCAAUAACACGGAAGUUUAUAAUGCGCGAGUUGAACGGUUUUUACAUGUGAUACAAUGGGGUGGACGUCAAAUUAUGUUCUUCUCUUAUCUAUCCGUUUGUAACUAAGUUUUAAUGGACAAAACUGGUAAAAACGGUAUUAUGACAUGACAACCGGCAUCAUCACGCGCCUGUAGCUGACGAGUGAGAACAGGACAUGUAAUUCGUUCACGGGUUUGUCUUAAUUUUCCACAAUGGAAAAUGUGAUCACACUCAGCUCCGACAGUGACAGAGAUGAGGACUCUGACAUAGAAAUCGUCGGCUCCUUCUGUAGGUUCAAAGAUGACCCUCUGCCUCUGUCGGCGGUGCGGGUAGACGUCGAUGCCUUGAAUAUCAACAUACCAUCGGGAUUCAUUGACCUCACAGAUGCAAGACAUGUUCCAGAUCUAAGGACGUGCAAAAAAAGAAUUUCUACAGCCUCACCAGUGGUAGACUUGACUGAGAGUGACUUGAUCAAUGGAUCAGAGCAGGAGAAUUUACCACCAAAUGACUGUCAAAUAAGAAAAGAAAACAUAAAUGGAUUUCUGACUUCAAUAAGACAAGAUUCUUCUCCACAGAAAGUCUCUGGAAAAGACUUAGCUGUCGUUGCACCAGUGCAGGAUUCUGGUGUCAAUAAACCAAAGCAGAGACAUUUAGACUCUCAAACACAGCUGCAAAAACUGACCAAAGACACACUAUCACAUCAUCAUACACCACUUGUAAACUUAAGACGGCUGCCUUUUCUAGAAAGGUAUGUCAGAAAACUGAAGAAAAGACAUCCUGUUUGUUUGUCCAAAGAAUUAAAGCAAACGUCACUUUCCCUCAAACAGCUGGAAAACCAAGGUACACUAGAGUGUACAUGUGCUUUGCGGAUAACAACUGUAUCAAACGGUCUUAACUAUGAACCUACAGUAGAGUCUCCUGUGCUAAAUGGACCUCUUAUAGAAAAAGAACAAGAGAACAGUAGUAAUUCUCGAGACACACAGUUGCAUGAUAAAGUACCUCAGAACCAACAAAUCCCUUCUUCUGUCUUAAAUAAUAGGGACUCUGGAGCAACCUCAAAGGAACACAGUACAGAACUCAAUGACAUGAUGGAUUCUUCAUCAACACUCAUUCCCUCUCCAGCACCUUCUGCUUUAGCUCACAAUAAAGCACAGGGUUUACCACAAAUAGAGAUGCAUUCCACCAACACUUCCCUCACCUCAAUGACUGAACAACUGGAAUGGGACAAAACAGAGAUAAGACAGAGUCACAUCUCUGGUCACUCAUCUAUCCAUGAACACAACCCACCUCUAUCUAUUGACCUCAGCUCUCUGUCUCACACAAGCCCCAUAUCUCAAAAAGAAACAGGCUCACCCACAACCUCUGAGAAUUUAGUUAAAUUGGAUGAGUUAAAGCCUGAUGGGGCCUCAGACCAUGGCCCCAUUUCAGAGACUAAAACUGAGGGCAUGGAUGAAAAAUCAGAGAAUGGAUCAUAUGGAGGGGAUGUCAGAAUGGACAGUCCAGUGUCUAUCGACUGGGAAGAAGGUAUUGAUGAAGAUGAUGUCUACUUGGACAGUAAACUCGAGUGGGACUUCAGAGGGGCAACUGGAGAGGACAGGCAUUAUGUCUGCCCUGAUACAGUCAAGAGAAUAAGGAUCGGACGACCUCAAUCCCAGAUCAAUGAGGAAGAAGAAGGAACUCCAGAGAUGUUAUGCCGACGGAGCCUCAGCUUGGUUUACAGCACAAUUGAUGAAAAAUACCCAGAGGGCACUUUGCAAAUUCUGUCAGAUUUACUCCAGCCUGGUUACUAUCCUCCCAAAGAUAUCACCUCCCACCUGCUACAUGAUAUUCUGCUCGACACACAGUGCCCCCAUCACCUCUGUGUGCAGGCCUUCAAUCUUCUAAUGAGAACACAGAGACACCACUUUACUGAUAAAAGCAUGAUUCCAUGGGACUGGGAGCUGUUGACCUCAGUUAUGGCCAGUCAGGAACAUACAAAGACAUAUCGAUGGGAGGUUGUGCGCAUGCUCCUGGAGUACGUGCUGCAGACUUUGGAGGAUGACUUCAAGGCCAAACGUGCCUCCUUUGCGCUUUACCACUCUAUUGCUAAGAACACACUGUCUUGUGAUAAGCACUUCCCUCAAGUUAGGGACAUCAUUAAAUGGCUGUUUUCGGCUAUUGUGAAAUCAACAGAAAAAAGUCAAACUGCAGCUGAAGAGAGAGAUGAACACAUCAAAAUGGUGUGCAUCUUCCAGAGGAUGCUGUGUCUGGCUCUGGAGGUGGACUGCUCUCCAGCUCUUAACUCUGCCAAGCUUUCCCAGGAGCUCUUCCAUAUGCUCAUCAGUGAUGUACCGUUACGGGCACACAGGAUGUUGUUGCUAGAGAGCCUGCAGAGCAAACUACUGAGAUGUAAGCUGUUGGAACAUCUGUUGGACUACGCCUGCCCAGUGAAAACCCCUCUGCCCAUGUCACUCAGUCUACUGCUUCACUUCCUGAAGAACUGCACUCUCACACCAGACCCUACAGAUGGUGAUGAAGGAUGGCAAAGGUGGGAAGAACUGGUCCAUCUGCUCUGGAUGCUGUUGCUCAGCUACAACAGUGCAAUGAAAGGCUACUUGAAUAGCUCCAUCACUGGACAAAGAGACAGAGGGGGAACACUGGUCUACAGGCCUGAUGACAUGGUGUCCAAGUCUGCUGUCUGUGAGGCUGUGGAGACGUUCCUGUCCAGGUCUCAGGACGACCUCGGCAAAGCGUUACCUCGACAUGUAGAGGAGUCACUCACUUAUCUACAGGAUCACCUGUUAAACGUUUGCCAGUGUUAAAUUAAACACAUCUUUGUUUUGUGUGUUUUUAAAUACUGUUUGUACUGUUUGCUUGUAAUUAAGUUAAUAUUUAUAUUUUCAGUCUCUUUUGUAUUUUAAAUAAAUUAAUUUCCGUUUUUGCCCAUUUGAAAUCAUUUCAACAAGCUUGUGUUUAACUGUUUAUAAUGAUGCGUAUUUGUACGUUUUUCAUGUAGCAUCAUUUUAUACUAAUUUUAUUCUCAUAAACAACUGAACAAACUGGAAUAAUUUGAGAGUGUAUAAUUUCUUUUAAAA